CAAGGAAAACAGUAAAAUGACCAUUAUGUGUGUUGGAGAUUUUGGACCAUAUGCAUUUAAAUGACAUCACGGAGGUAAUCCACAUUGGAAACCACUUUGACUGCAGGGCAAUGCUAGUCAUAUGACACACAAGCCACAUUUAAAGCCACUCUAACCAGCUAUUUUAUAUCUAAACCACACCCAUCUCACCUGUGCAGGUCUCUUCCACUAUUUCCCUCUCAUUCUGUCUCUUUUCCUUCUCUGUCUAUUCCUCACUUAACAACUCACUCAACUGUGUUUACGUCUAUUAGUGCACUUUGGCUCAAAACAGAUUAAAAUGGGCUGCUUCACAUUUGUCAAAGUUGUGAUGGUUGUGUUUAACUUGCUUAUCUGUCUGGCGGGCAUGUGUCUGGCAGCUGUAGGGAUAUGGGUGACUGUGAAUAAAGAUUCCUUUAUCAGAAUUUUGCCACCCUUUACUGAUGAGUUCAUGAGUCAUGUCAAUGUGGGAAUCUUCAGCAUCACUAUUGGGGCAGUUAUGACUCUACUCGGAUUGCUGGGGUGCUGCGGAGCUCAGAAAGAGAGCAAAUGCCUUCUUAUAAUGUUCUUCUCCAUCAUCCUGGUCAUUUGCAUUGCUGAGGUGGCAGCUGCAAUAGUAGUACUGGUUUAUUCUUCAUAUACUGAGAUCAUUCUAAGAGCGUGGGCCAUACCUGGACUGAAGGAGCAGUAUGGGAAAGAUCAAAUUCUCACGGACUUGUGGAACUCAACCAUGACAACAUUGCAGUGUUGUGGCUUCAGCAACUACACAGACUUCUCUGAAUCCUACUACUAUAAGCGAAAUGGGGCCCUUUACCCUCCGACCUGUUGUGCAGGUCCCGAGCUCUUCCCCUGUGAUGAGGACAAUGCAAAUUUCAGUAGUGUGGUGGGCUGUUUUAAACAAAUUGUUAAGGUCACCCAGAGGAACGUUGACAUUGUGGGAGGAAUAGCUGCUGGAGUCACUGCCAUUGAGUUGGCAGCGAUGGGGGUGUCUAUGUAUCUCUAUUGCUACCUGGACAAAAAAGCAAUCUAAAAGUCUCAUCUUACUUAAUUACAAUUAUGUAUAUGCAUCUUUUGUUUUUGCCACAAACUGGACAAGCUUAGAUAAUACUUUAACUGUAGAUAUUAGGCAACUAUUUAUUGUAAGAUUACAAGGAUGAUGAAAUUGUCUGUUAUUUGAUUUUGAAAUGGGAUGUUACAUGAAAAUAUAUAUUUGUAGUAUGUAAUGUAAUGCAAAUCAUGAAAUAAAAAUUUUGUA